GAAGGAAAAAAGAAAGAAAAAGUGGCAAGAUUUGGGGAGAUUUUAUGCAUCAAGUCAAUCUGGAAAGCGGUGAUGAAUGACGGUCUGCAGAACUGGACCCGGGCCCUAACCUGAGGAGAGACAGAGAGGGGGAGAGAGGGGGAGCAGGAGAUAGAGAGGGAGGGAGAGAGGAAGCCUGGGAGGGAGGAUAGAGAUAGAGAGAGAGAGAGAGAGAGAGAGAGAGAGAGAGAGAGAGAGAGAGAGAGAGAGACACCGCGCUUACUUUGUAGUUGCCGACAGCCACCUGACAGUUUGCAGAUGCCGACAGAUGUGCCCGAGGACAGGCUCAGCAACGAUGAGAAUGCGACCAAGUGCGACAAUAUGACUCUGUCCAGCACACCGACAGUUCGCAGGGGAAGCACUCCUCUGCCAAUUAAGCACCUGCUCAGGCGAGAAGAAGCCGUCCACGAUGACUGCGACUGGAUGUCAGGAGCGGCUGGACCUUCUGCUUCACCGAUCAGCUUCAGCUCUGCCCUGGACGACACUUCAACCGUGGCUGUGGAGGGCAGACCUGAGGGGCCUUUAAGGAUCGCCCUACUGGGGCAGAACGGCGUGGGGAAGUCCUCCCUGGCCAUUGCUCUCGCUGGGGACAUGGACAGGACGGCAUCUGUGGAUUCUGAUGGGGAGGGUUAUGUGCGCGUGGUCGACGUGGAUGACGAGGAGAGCACCAUCAUUAUCUAUGACAACUGGAGGCAGGACCUGUCGGCUCUGCAGUGUGAGGUGUGUGUUCUGGUGUUUUCUGUGACUGACAGGCGUAGUUUCCACCGCACCGCUCAACUCCGACUUCUCCUGAGAGAGACUCAGCCGCAAACUCCCAUCAUCCUCGUCGGUAACAAGAGUGACCUCGUUCGCACCCGUGAGGUCACCUCUCAAGAGGCCAUGUCCAGUGCCGCCCUCUACAACUGCCUCUAUCUGGAGAUCUCGGCCUCUCUGGAUCACCGUACCCCGGAGCUCCUGGAGUGCGCGGUGCGACUAGCCAGGGGCCAGCCUCCGUGGCCCCCGGGGACCAGCGCGGAGGACAUGACUGGAGUAGGCCAGCGUGAAAGCAUCACCUCGCGUGCCAAACGUUUCCUGUCCAGCCUGGUGCCCCGGUACCCUCGAGAGCGAGAAGUGGGCAAGUUCCUGAGGCAGAAGUCCCGCUCGUGCCACGACCUGGGUGCACUGUGAAGAGUUUGAUGGUUAGCUUGUUUACCUCAGAUAGCUGGAAGUGAUGUAGUUUACCAACAAAGAGAAAGAAGAGGGUGUCAUGCAGCAAGUAGUGGACAAGACAGGAGGUGUGAAGGAGCCCGAGUAAUAACAGGACAAUGUUGUGAGUGACCAUCAUGCACAUCCAGCAAAGGAAAACAGGCAGAAUGACAACAAAAAAACUUAGCAAUGAUGUUUAUCUAUAGGUUGAUGUAGAAAUUUUGUACAUAAGACCAAACAGAGAAAGAGAAGAUUAAAUACUAUUGUAGAAAUCAUGUAAAUAAACUGCCGUAGUGAUACUUACCUGCCACCCUCACAGCUUUGAGAGCUAAAUAAAUUGCUUUUUUGAGUCUUGAGAAAGUCUCUGCAUAUUGA